UUGCGUUAAUUUCAUUCACGGCAUCGUGCAAGUCGCACGCAUUCAAAAACGACACGACGUCUCAUCGAAUAUUUCUCGAUUCAAAUAAUUAAGAAUCGAAAUAAAUACAAAGUUUAUUGACAAUCGAUUCAUAGCAGUUUGUGCUUUUUGUUAAUGUGCUGCGAGGUGUCGUAACGGUCGCUCGCUGUUAGCCAAAAUGAAGGGACCGCUAUUACUAUUGUUGGUGUGCGUGGGCGCAGCGUGUUGCGCGCGACCCUGCUGCUCCAACCAAGAAAUCAUCAAGCGGGGAGGCUACUGCGGCAGCACAGAGAAGAUCGCGUUAAACUGCUCCAGUGGCCGGAUGGUCCUUUGGGAUAUUAUCGUAGAAAAUGAUAAAGUCAGCACCAAAGAUUCACCAGGAUUUAUCUUUGCUGAAAACACUGAUCAAUACUGCAUUGGUACAAUGGACCGCAACUCUAGUGUGCCUAGCAUGCGCAAUCUGUCAGUUGCGAUCGUGUGCUUCGAGAGAGUGAGCCAGUCUAGCAACAUAGAGACUGGGGGUAUUCUCACCCUCAUCUCUGUCUUCUUCCUGGCGGCCACCUUCGCUGUCUACAUGUAUUUACCACAAAUGAGGGACCUGCAAGGAUUAUGCUAUAUGUGCAUGUGCGUGAGCAUGGCACUGGGCUUUCUCUCCCUGGGCGUGCUCCAGCUCAGUCCACAUUUCGCCGGCGACAUAUGCACCGUUGCAGGUUUUCUGGUUUACUUCUGGAUGAUGGCGACAUUCUUUUGGAUGAACGUCAUCAGCAUUAAUAUGUAUCGCAGCGUUCAAGAUGCGGCGUACUUGAAGAAGACAGAGAGAAAGCAGUACUUCUGGUACAGCUGCUACGCGUGGGGCUGCACGCUCUUGUUCCUGGCCAUAUCCCUCAUUACAAACUUCGCGGAAGGAGACCACUGGAAGCCAGGCAUCGGCAACAACAGCUGCUGGUUCCAGGGUCGUACUGAAACAUGGAUAUUCUUCUACGGACCGAUUGCGGUUCUCAUCGCGGCUAAUAUCAUUUUAUUUGUUAUUUCAUCGUUCAACUUAUGGAUGCAACAAAAUAGGAAGUACGAAGUCAGCAAGUUGAACAACCUUAAGCACAAAUUCCUGGUGUCUCUGAAGCUGUUUCUUGUCAUGGGCAUCUCUUGGACAUUCGAGAUCGCUAGUUUUGCACACGGAGAGGCGCAUAUCAUUUGGAAAAUUAUGGACAUAUUCAACUGUCUCCAAGGAGUUGUUAUAUUCUUAAUUCUGGUGGUACUACGAAGGAGAGCGAUGCAAGGUUUAGCCAACGAGCACUGCUGUCUGAUGAUUACAAGGCCGCUUGCUGAAAAGCUGAGUCCACACGACGAUGCGGAUGAUCAGGAAAUAUUAGCCGACGACACGGUUGAAGUCAGGCUUAACUAACGUACUUCCAACUCAUUGUAUCGCCUUUCUCCUAAGUCAUUUUAUAUAAUAAAUUACAUAUAGAUAGUUCAAAG